UGGCAGCCUGGAUGGGAGGGGCCUUGAGGGUUGAAUGAAUUGUUGUAGAUACAGGGCUGAGUUCCUUUGCUGUUCACCUGAAACUAUCACAACAUCAUUAAUUGGCUACACUCCAUUACAAAAUAAAAAGUUAAAAACAAGACAAAGAAAAAAAAAAAACCCGAAUAUGUGAUCAAUGAUGUUGCUGCCUUAGGGCACCAUGCUGCUCACCCUGACGUAUCUUUUCCAAAGGGAGACCUGGGAGAGCGUGCUCUCCAUCAUGGGCUGCAGCAACCACACCAACGUGAGGGAAUUUGUCUUCCUGGAACUCACUCACUUCCGGGAACUGGAGCUGUUCCUGUUUGUCAUCUUCCUAGCUGUAUACGUCACAACCGUGCUGGGCAAUGCCCUCGUCGUGGUGACCAUCACCUGGGAGUCCCACCUCCACACCCCCAUGUACUUUCUCCUGCGGAACAAAUCAUUCCUGGACAUCAUCUUUUCAUCCGUCACCGUUCCCAAGUUCCUGGUGGAUCUCUUAUCAGAGAGGAAAGCCAUCUCCUACCAUGGCUGCAUGGCACAGAUCUUUUUCUUCCACUUUGCUGGAGGGGCGGAUAUUUUUUUCCUCUCUGUGAUGGCCUGGGACAGAUAUCUCGCAAUCUCCAAACCCCUGCAUUACGUGACCAUCAUGAGGAGAGAGGUGUGGGUGGGUUUGGUGGUGGCUUCCUGGGUGGGUGGCGCUUUGCACUCCACUGUCCAGAUUAUUCUGAUGCUUCCGCUCCCUUUCUGUGGCCCCAGCACCCUGGACGCCUUCUACUGCGACGUGCCCCAGGUGGUUAGACUGGCUUGCACCGACACCUUUGCUCUGGAGCUCCUCCUGAUCUCUAACAAUGGGCUGGUGACCCUGCUGUGGUUCCUCCUGCUCCUGGGGUCCUACACCGUCACCCUGGUCAUGCUGCGAUCUCAUGCCGGGGAGGGCCGGAGCAAAGCUGUCUCCACCUGCACCUCCCACGUCCUGGUGGUGACUCUUCACUUCGUGCCCUGUGUUUACAUCUACUGCCGGCCCUUUAUCACACUGCCUAUGGACACAGCUGUGUCCAUCAAUAACACGGUCAUCACCCCCAUGCUGAACCCCGUGAUCUACACCCUGAGAAACCAGGAGAUGAAGGCAGCCAUGAAGAGGCUGCAGAGGAGGCUUGGGCCUUUUGAGAGCAAUAAACUCAGAUGAGCUGUCAGACUGAGACCCGAAAUCUAAUGUGAGCCUAGUUUGAGGUUUUCUCAAACUACUACCCUAGGAAUCAGGGACAGCUAGCUCUUUGUCUACUGUCAUUUUUGCAUAUCCCCACAGCCGCUAAGCUCUAUUAGACAGACUCUAAGAACAAAGGGGAGAGAUGAGAUUGAACAUCAGCUCUCGGGCUGGGGACGGGGGAGAAGUAUGUGGUAUAAAGCUGAAAUCAAUAACCUAAGUGCUAUCUGUCCUCACUUUUACCAUUUGUGGUAUGGAAAUAAUGCUGUCUACUUACAAGGUGGUUGCGAGGAUGAAACGUGAUCAAUGUGGAGAGGAUUAUGGUUGUA